GCACAGGCGGCACAACAAUAACAGUCAAAGUGACACUUGAUAUUUGAUUUGCACUGUGUAAAGUUGUACGUGCUUCAUAUUUAUUGCAUUUCUGCUAGUUUUCAGGACGCAUACACCUGAGCAUUUUUUCAAUUAAUUGUAUAGAUAAGCAAGCUCAUUAUGCAACGAAUUGCUGUAAUUGGUGGUACCGGCAUGACCGGCCAAUGUGUUGUGGAUUAUGCACUACAAAAGGGUCUAAAGGUGAAUCUGCUUUACCGCACUGAGCCCACUGUGCCGGAGCGUUUUAAAGACAAAGUGCAGUUGCUGCAAGGCGAUGCAACCAAAUUAGAUGAUGUAAAGCGCCUACUGCAGGAGGAUGGUGGCGUCGAUGGUGUGUGCGUCAUUUUGGGCACACGCAACAAGCUGGAAGCCACUACAGAGCUGUCCACUGGCACUGACAAUGUCAUCAAAGCUAUGAAGGAAUUGAAGCUGACUAAAUUAUCUAUAGUCAUGUCAUCAUUUUUGUUGCGUCCCCUUAAUGAAGUACCCGGUGUAUUUCAUCGCCUCAACGAGGAACAUCAGCGCAUGUUGGAUUUAACCAAAGCAUCUGGCUUGGAUUACAUAGCCAUACUGCCACCUCACAUUGCUGAUGAGCCCGCCAGCGGUUAUACUGUGGUGCAUGAUGAGGCACCCGGCCGCCUGGUUUCCAAGGAUGAUCUGGGCAAAUUCAUUGUGGAAUGCUUGGAUCAGCCAGAGCAUUAUGGCAAGGUCUGCGGCAUUGCCAAAAGCGUCAAGAGCGCUUAAGUUAAUAAAUUAUAAUUAAAAAUGGACAAAACGACAGCACAUUUUCGCAUUUAAAUGUGCCACAAAUUGUAAUUAAUUCUGCUAUAUUUCUAUACAGAUCUAAAGCUGUACGUAUAAAGUGUGCGCACUAUAAAACUUUCCAUUUUAAUGCUAUAAUAAACAAACAAAUAUUCGUUAAUUGUAAUUACGUGCUGUAUCAAAUUGGCAAUCGAGCGUGCCAGUGGGUUCAGACACCUAAAAUUUGUUAGACGUCAUGUAGGCAUUUCGAAAAUGUGCACCUGUAAAAAUUUGAGCGCGUAAAGGCUUCCGCUAAACGGGCUCAAUGCCAAAGAGAAUGUAAAUUUAUGGCUGUGCAUUAAGCAAGCUAAAUAUAAAACGUACCUGCAACUAAAGAACGCAGCAAACUUUUAUAUGCACUUUGUCGCUUUGGCUACAAUGUGCAACAAAUGUCAAGAUAAGCAUGAAGCAAUAUACACAACUUGAGUAUACCAAUUUUAAAUUUUUAAAGUGUCAAAGUGUAUGAAAAGCAGAGGGAGCCAAACAUGUAAACAGAAAAUCUACAGUGGCGCCUCAAUACAGAGAACCGUUUAUAAUUUCUUGACAUCCCCAUGUCGGUUCUAUAUGCCCCUUCUUACAACAAGCUUGCCACGUGCCUCUCCGUCAACAUGUAUGAACAUCAAAAUUUCACACUAUGCCAACUGUUCGUCUUAGCCCAUGCCAAGUACCCAUUAUAUAUAUAUGUGUGUGCCAGCUGCAGCUGAUAAAAAUAACACUACCGGGGCGCGCAUCAGUUUAAAAUCUUUUAUUUUUUUUGGCAUGUCGCAUCAUCUUGAACUUGAACUUGUCAUACACAUGUAUCUGUUAGACAGAUGGUAGACAAGUGCUUCCGUUAUGUUCGCCAAAUUAUAACAAUAGAUUAAUUUUAUGUAUUAUCUACAACAUAGAGUAAUUUAUUUAUUGCCUUUUGAUUCAUAUGCUUAAUGCUACUAUUUACUGCUCCGAUAUGUAUAACUAGACUAAGAGCUACUUGGAAGAUACUUGAGCUAUUCAUAUGUGUUUUCGUUAAACAAUAGGUUCAAAUGUAAAAAAGAGAAGCUGUAUCGAUCAUCCAUGAUGACCGGCUGUAUCAAAUUGAACUAGAAAUCUCAGCUUUAGUGUGUGUGUGUGUGUAUUGUCUAUGAAGCAUUCUGAGCAGCGAGCUACAAAUUAAAUCAAAAGUAUAGAUAAACUACAAAUAAAUUAUUAUAUGCGUUAUUAUAUAAACACUGCCGAUUUACGUGCAUCUGUUGCCAAAGUAGUUUUAACAGAAAAAUACAUGCGGAAAGUAAUAUUUAAAAAUCAACACAAGCGUAAUAUGAAUAUUUUUGUGUAAACAUAAUGGAAUUGGAACCGAGCGCUCUAUAAACGGCUCAGCCGUUGGGCAGUUUAGAGCGUUUGGCCCAUUUUGACUAGGUUUAACUGUUAACGGCUCUGUUCGAUGCCAGCGAUUUUAAGUUAAGCCAACACAACUACUACGACUGGUGCUGAUGCCUAUAAAGCUUUCUUCAUGUAUUUCUUUUUCUUCUGUAAACUCGGUAGCUCGCAGUGACGCGGUCCAUACAUGGAGACAG